CUCUAGUGUACUUUUCCCAAGGCGGUUUCAAUAUUAUGACCCAACAGUAAAACCUCCCUAUUGCCACUCAAACAGCCGUCGGGAAACUUGAGACUCGAGAGACCCACUGCUCCGGCGAAUCCAACAGCUACUGGGGGAUUUUUUAAACGGCUGUAGGGUACAGAUUUCCAAAUGAAGAAAUCCAAGGAUCCUUUUGAAAUUGCAUUUGUGGAGCAAGAUGAAUCACCCCCUGAAUCACCCACUAGCCCUGAUGAGACUGAGGCGCAAACUCCAGGUGGCCUAACUCUGGGUGGUGGUGGUGAUGAUGACAUCAGUAAUGAUCUUCGUCAUACAGACCCUUCAACAUCUGCACCUGCUUCAAACCCCAUUGGGACUACUGGCCCUACUGGAAAGUCCAAAGAAGAAGAUGAGGAAGAAGAAGAAGAGAACAUGGAUGUUGAGCUGGGCAAGUUCCCUUCUAGUGGCGAUCCCGAUAAAACAGCCAUUAUGCAGAAUAUUCUUUCUCAAUUUACGGAGAAGCAGAUGAGUAGAUAUGAAUCAUUUCGUAGAUCUGGAUUUCAGAAAUCAAACAUGAAACGGGUAGGCAUCACCUCAUUCUUGUGCUCUAUGCUCAGCGGUCCCCCCGUUCCUCGUUCUCCGGCUUGUAUUGCAUGAAG